AGUUUUCAAGCGAUCAACAUCGUCGUUCAACUUCUACUAUAAUAUUGUAAAUUUUGGAGAAUAAUUAUUAUAAAAUUUAUUCGUAAUUUUAAAUUUAAUUAAAUAAGAAAUGGCAGUACGUGAAGAACAAUGUUUUGGAACAUACUGUGAUGGAGAAUUCGAAAUUUGUACAAUAACAACCGAAAAUAUAGAAGAAGCUUUAGAUGUUUUACAUCGAUCAUUUUUUGUAAAAGAAAGCGUUGUUAUAGGAUCCGAAAUAAAUUUACCAGAAAAUGAACAAGCACGUCAAGAAUUACGUUUACUUUCAAAAAUUGUAGGACAAGAUGGUGUUUCAUUAAUGGCACGUCAUAGACCGACAAAGAAAAUUGUUUCAGUUGCUUUUAAUAAAAUUCAAUAUGUUGAUGAUACAGUACAAGAAGUUUUCUUUGAAGUAUUCAAAAAUAAAUAUUGUUCAUCACCAAAUUCAAUAUCUUUACUUAAUUAUAUGAUUUCAAUGGAUGAAAAAAUUAAUGUUUUUGAUAUUUAUAAUAUUGAUUGUGUACUUGAAAUAAUGUUUUUAGCAACGUUACCAGAAUUUGAAAAACGUGGUCUUGGUAAAAUUUUAUGUGAAUAUUCAAUUGAAUUAGUUAAAAAUAUAAAUAAAGGUAUUGGUAUUGAUAAACUUCAUCCAAAUUUAAAAGAUAAAAUACCAAAAGGAUUAUGUUCAUUACUUACUUCGAAAUUUUCACAAAAAAUUGGUGAUAAACUUGGUUUUAAAACAUUAAAUCGUGUACCAUUUUCGGAAUAUAAAUUUAAUGGAAAAAGUUUUGCAGAUCGUAUUGGUCCACAACAUCCGGAUAGUACACAAUCUUUUUUACAUAUUAAUGAUUGUUAAAAUUUAUAUAUAAAAUUUGUUAUUAUUGUAAAUGAACUAAAUUUUGAAUACAGAAAUAAGUUUUAAUUAGAGAAUUUUAAAAUUUUUGUAUAAAAGCAAAAUAAAGAAUGUUAAAAUAGAGUGUUGAAGUGAAAAGAAAUUAAUAUUUUUACAUGUAUGUAGAAAAAUUGAAAUAGUUUUUAUAAUUUUUGUAUGUGGUAUACAAUAAACAUUAAAAUUAAGAUAAACAAUUAUACAAGGUGUUUCCUGUGAUUUUAUGUGAUAAUAUGUAUGACGAUGUUAUAAGAUUCAGAGUCAUAUACAGAGAGUCCUGAAUAUUUUCUAUUAAAAAAAAUUUUAAAAUACUGAAUGUGAAAUAUUACAGAAAAUGUAAUGAUACUAGUAAUAUAAUUCCGAGCU